UACUUAAAUGUUAUAAAAGUAUAGCUGUAUUCAGAUAAAGUAAAGGAGCGGAAGAGAGACAAUUUAUCCAUCGGGUCUCAAUACUCGCUGUAGAUGAUAACUCUGUAGAUGGCAACUCUCAAAUCAGUUGAUGAUAUCUAAUUUAUAUCUAUCGAUAUCUAAUUUAAAUCGAAGGAUGAACGAAAAAAUUACAAUUGUCGGACGCACGUUGCGAUACAAUUAUUAUUCGUCAGAGUAAUAUGAGAAAUCAAAAUGCUAAACAUUCAAUACUUAGAAAACCGAUAAAAUAUUUGUUGCCGUCUCGUUUCUAAGCAACCCCCCUGCGUAGCUUGCGCAUGAGAACACGUACUGCGGCGAAUAAGCAAUGACAAGUAUGCACUUCUAAAAGCAUUGACUGUCGAAUUACCUAUCGUCUUCACCUUGAAAUGUACGGAUCAUACCAAAUGUGCAACGUUUCACCGACCGCCGACCAAGAACAAAAGAUACAAAAGAUCAAAGAAUUAACAAAUAUUUUAAAGGAUACGGACAAGAACCUCACCAUAUGCGAAGAAAUAUUGGCAACGUAUAUAAAGAAACGAUUAAAGGAGAAAAGAGAAGAAAUACAAAGAAGGGAUGAGCUAGAAAACAGGAUGACAGAAAUAUUGGAAAACCUGAAGACGCGAUUAUUAGUUGAAUAAAUAGAGUGUCGAUUAUACAUAUUAUUUAUGACUUACUACAUAUCAAUAAUGUAUUUUUUGUUAUUUCUCAUUAUGUUUUGCGGGAUUUCAUGAGAAAAUAAAAUUAAUCA